AUGACUUGCAAUGGUCGUAUUGUCAUCCAAAAAGGGGUUCCGCUACCUGAAGCUGCUCUCGCGAACCUGAAAGCUUCCGUGAAGGGAGAGGUCGUCAUCAAAGGAGAGGCAGAUGAAGUGAUCUAUCGUGCAGCAAUUGAUAGAUGGAACAAGGCUGGUAUCCAAGAAGCAGGCAUUGUUGUCUUUGUCGAUUCUGAGCAAGACGUGGUUGCGUGUCUCAAGUUUGUUCAGGAAUAUGAUAUGGAUGUCACCAUUGCCUCCGGUAGACAUAGUUACUACAAAGCGUCGUCAACCAAAGGUGGCUUAGUCAUUGAUCUUGGGAGAAUGAGAAAAGUCUCCAUCGACAAGAAGUCAAUGAAGAUUACUGCUCAAGGAGGAUGCAAAGUGGUAGAUUUGGAAACACCAUUGCAAAAGCAAGGACUUUCCGCUGUCUUCGGAACAAUCAACGAUACUGGCGGUUCGGGCUAUCUGACUGGCCAGCAUGGUUUGAUCAUUGAUAACCUACUUGCUGCCAAAGUGGUUACUGCAGAUGGCAGCGUUUUGGAAGCCUCUCAUGAGCAGAAUCCUGACCUCUUUUGGGGCAUUCGCGGUGGAGGAUCUAACUUUGGAGUGGUUACAGAGUUCACUUACCGAACUCAUAAUCAAGGCAAGGUAUUCUUCGGACCACUUGUCUUCACACCCGACAAGAAUCACAGAUUUCUCCAGCUUGUAGAGCCAAUGCGUCAAGCUACAGAAGCAAGCAACGGGAAACUCGCAGUAUUUGUGUCUUUCACAAAAGUUCUAGGCAUGCCCAGUGUCCACCCUGUUUGCAUAAUCUUCUACGACGGAACAGAAGAAGAAGCUCGACAAAUCACUGCACCACUUUUUGAACUUGGUCCAGCUAAGGCAAUGGCUGUAAUGAGAGACUACGCCGAGUGCACAGCUCCGACCCCAAUGUCUGAAGGUCCACCGACUCAUCAGCACUACUCAGCUAGCAACUCUCCUCUGAACCUUCCCGUAGAUACGGCUCUUCUGGAGGAAAUGAUCGCAGCUUUGGAUAGAAUGUUUGAGAAAUAUGGUGACGUUGUCACCGCAUCGAGGCUCUUCUUUGAGCUUCGGUCGUAUGCAAAGUCUGCAAACAUUGACCCUUCAGCCACUGCUCUGAGAGCAAGAGCACCUGCUGUGCUGUUAGCUAUGGAAGGAAGACAUGAUGGAUCGAUUCCUUCGAAGAUACGGACGGAAGUUCAAGCCAUUAUCGAGAUUGCUCGAUCGAAGCAGAAGGGCCGCUUCAUCAACGCGAACAUUGGGGACGGAUCGGAGAAAGUAGCUGAUAUGUUUGGGGGGAAUUAUGAGAGUCUGCGGCAGUUGAAGAAGAAAUAUGAUCCAGGCUUUGUGUUUAACAAGUGGUAUCCAAUUCCACCUGCUGGGGAUUGUUCGGUGCAGAGUAUAGAAUCGGAGUGA